CCUUUUCCGGUCUUUUUUUCCCCUCACAAGUUUCCAAAUAAACCACGUCCCAGGCACAGACAGGGUCUGUGAUUCCCGCCAGGGGUGACUCGUCUAAGCACAAAACGAUGCUGAAAUUUUUGAUAAUAUCCCUUUCCGUGGGCUUUGUGGUGGGCAGCUCAGCUCACAGAGGGGGACAUCUGGACAUCACCGAAACCCUGGAGGAGCAUGUGGCGCAGGGACAAACAACUUUAAACGAGAUGUUUAAGGAAGUGGAAAAACUUAUGGAGGACACGCAGCAAAAACUAGAGGAGGCUGUUCACCAGAUGGAGAAUGAGUCUUCAAAAUUGCUGUUACAUGGACGCAACUUCCCUGCCAGUUUUCACAAUGAAACUACAACAGAGAUCAAGGUUGGAAAUCGGACUGUUCAGCUGAUAGAGAGAAUCGACAAGGAAACGGAUAAUAAGACUGGAAAGACUCAUUUUUCCAGAACUCUCAUUCAGAACACUGAACGGUGGAAUGAAGUAGAUCACGAGUGUAUGAUUGAUGAGGACUGUGGGGACAGCAGCUUCUGCCUGUAUGAGAUCAUCACCUCCAAAUGUGUCCCGUGCCAGACGACAAAUAUGGAGUGCACAAAGGACGUGGAGUGUUGUGGAGAUCAGCUGUGUGUGUGGGGUGUUUGUGCUCAGAACAGAACCAAAGGACAGUCAGGAACCAUCUGCCAGUACCAGAGCGACUGCAGUCCUCAACACUGUUGCGCCUUUCACAAAGCCCUGCUUUUCCCCGUGUGCCGCCCCAAGCCACAGGAAGGCCAGGGCUGCCACAGUCACCCCAAUCAGCUGAUGGAUCUGUUAUUGUGGGACGAGGAGGGGCCGCAGGAGCACUGCCCCUGUGCUACAGGCCUGCACUGCCAGCCUCUCAAGAAUAAAUCAGUGUGUGUAGAUGAGAGGAAUGCAUCUGGUGAAGGAAAUGCAGACUGAUCGUUCCCAGUGAAACUGAAUUAUUGGAAUCUGUAAUUUUGUCUUUAUUUGUAACAUUAAAGUGCCUUCUUUCUCAUCUUAAUUUAUGGGAAGAGCUUUAAUUUAUAACUUUUUUUUGGUGUAAUUUGUAUGCCACUACCGACAACAAAUAGAAUUAUAAUGUUUUUUUAAAAGUAUAAUAUUGUUAAAUAAUGACAACGUUCUAAAUAUGUGGACAUUGCUGGGCAUUAUAUACCAUCCAAAUAAAUAUGAUUUCUGGA